UUUCCAAGGAUUCAGGGGUUGCCAUAUGUGGCUGUCAUGAAGAGCUCAUAUUAGAGAGAUUCUUUCCAGGCUGUGGUAACAUUAAGGAAGAGUGAUGGAGUGAUGGAUUGAUGGUAAAGAAAAACAAUCCCUGUUAUUGAAUGUGAUAGAUGGGAAAGUUCAGGGAGUGCUGAAGAAACACAACAGCUCCACCCAGAUCCCACCCAGGAUCUUGUUCUUCCACAUGGCCACAGUGCACAAAAUGGUUUAAAUUCAUUCAUUUGUUAUGGUAGGGGCAUUGCCUGGAAGGACUUGGAGAUGAAGAGGGAAAGAGGAUACUCAGCAUUUAGAAGGAAGAAGAGAGAGAAGAAACAUCUGCCUUCUCUUCCACAUGCAGGAAGGGUGAGGGAGAGCCUGAAAUGUUGAAGGAAAGAAAUAAUAGGAAAGAAGAAAUGAAGGUCUAAAUCCAUCCAAGACAUUGGAGAUACAGGAGGAAUGAGUGUGCUCCCAAAAGGGAAAUAAGAAUGAUGGAGGGUCUCAUAAUCAUGAUGCCCUAGGCUGACUUCCCUUUGUCAACAUUUGCACUCUGAUGCUGCAUUGCCAUGUCCACAUCACAUUACAGCACAGUCACUGCAAUGUAAUGCCUUAGGAGCCACAAUCAUAUCAGCCUUCUCUGCUGCUUUGUCUGAUAACCAGUCAGCUUGGUCUCAGCUUUUCCAGCCCCCACAGAUUGAAGCUGUCCAUUCUAAACCCAUCGCUCUAUCGGACGUAGGAGAAAAACUUGUGUUCUUCAGGAAGGCUGACCUCUUCGCUCUUUGUUAAUAAGGGUGGCUCAGGUUGCCUGGCAACACCACAGUAGAUUAUCUUUGGGAAAAAUUCCCUUGUGGCCACCAAAGUAUGUAAAGGUGAUUGCAACAUGGCACAUGGGGAAUGGUGCUGUGAAAGUGAUAAUCUGUGUCUGUGCAGGAGCAUUAGGCAGGAAUUUAUAUAGGGACAUUAAACAACAGAAGAAGAAGACGACGACGACACCUCUCUUUUGGUAUCAUUCUCCUCUCACUUACCCCAGUUUUCUAGCAGUGCAUCUCUCUUCAGUGCAGUUAUUCCUGAUUCCAGAGAUGAAGCUGACGACAAAUAUACACGAGGGGAAUCAAACGACCAUCACAGAAUUCAUCCUCCUGGGAUUUGGGGAUCUCUCUCAACUUCAUAUUCUUCUCUUCCUGGUGUUCCUAGUGAUUUAUAUUGUGACCAUGGCUGGGAACAUCCUCAUCAUUGUACUAGUUGUGACUGAUCAGCACCUGCACACCCCCAUGUACUUCUUCCUGGGGAACUUGUCCUGCUUGGAGACCUGCUGCACCUCUACCAUACUGCCCAGGGUGCUGGCAAGUCUCCUGACUGGGGACAGGUCUAUUUCUGUUAUGGGCUGCAUCACUCAAUUUUAUUUCUUUGGUUCUCUGGCAGGGACAGAGUGUUUGCUUUUAUCUGUGAUGUCCUAUGAUCGGUAUUUAGCAAUAUGCAAACCUCUGCAUUAUGCAACACGUAUGAAUGGCAGGUUGUGCCUCCAGCUAGUGGUUGGGUUGUGGAUAGGUGGAUUUAUGUCUGUUUUCAUCUUUAUAUUUAUGUUGCCACAAUUAACAUUCUGUGGCCCCAAUGAAAUUGACCAUUUCUUUUGUGAUUUUCAUCCAAUAACAAAACUCUCCUGCACUGACACCCACGUAGUAGAAGUUGCUGGUUUAAUAUCUUGCGCUAUGUUCACAUUGCCUCCAUUUGUAUUGACGGUGGCAUCCUAUGUUUGUAUCAUCUCCAACAUCAUGAGAAUCCCUUCCACCACUGGGAGGCAAAAGGCUUUUUCCACCUGCUCCUCUCACCUCAUUGUGGUGACAAUUUACUAUGGGACAUUGAUCCUAGUGUAUCUGCUAUCGGACUCUGAUGCACUGAGGGACCUGAACAAAGUGUUCUCUGUCUUCUACGGAGUCCUGACCCCUUUGGUCAACCCCCUUAUAUACAGCCUGAGAAACAAGGAGGUAAAGAAAACCUUGAGAAAAGCUCUCCUUAGAUCUUUUGUCUUUUUCAGGAAUUCAUAUUUUUAA